CAAUCAAAUCACUCAUCAACAACUCAAACUCAUCACAAAGAAAAAUUUUCUCUCUGAUAAGAUGGCACCUGAGAUGAACAACAAGUUGAGUUACGGAGAAAAGAAGAGAGCGUACGUUACGUUCCUAGCCGGGACCGGAGACUACGUGAAAGGAGUGGUUGGUCUGGCUAAAGGGCUAAGGAAAGCUAAAAGCAAGUACCCAUUAGUGGUUGCUGUGUUACCUGACGUCCCGGUGGAUCACCGGAGACAGCUGUUGGACCAAGGCUGCGUCAUCAAGGAGAUUCAGCCGGUUUACCCGCCGGAGAACCAAACUCAGUUUGCUAUGGCUUACUACGUCCUCAACUACUCCAAGCUUCGUAUUUGGAAGUUUGUAGAGUACAGCAAGCUGAUAUACUUAGACGGAGACAUACAAGUGUUUGAGAACAUAGAUCACUUGUUCGAUCUUCCCGACGGCAACUUCUACGCCGUUAAAGACUGUUUCUGCGAGAAGACUUGGAGCCACACGCCUCAGUACAAAAUUGGCUACUGCCAACAGUGUCCGGACAAGGUGACGUGGCCAGAGACAGAGCUUGGUCCUAAGCCACCGUUGUACUUCAACGCCGGCAUGUUCGUCUACGAGCCAAGCCUCCCCACUUAUUACACCCUUUUGGAGACUCUCAAAGUUGUCCCUCCCACACCUUUUGCUGAACAGGAUUUCUUGAACAUGUACUUCAAAGACAUAUACAAGCCUAUUCCACCAGUAUACAAUCUUGUCUUGGCCAUGCUCUGGAGGCAUCCAGAGAACAUAGAGCUUGACGAAGCCAAGGUUGUUCAUUACUGUGCAGCUGGUGCUAAGCCUUGGAGGUUCACAGGCCAAGAAGAGAAUAUGGAGAGAGAAGACAUCAAGAUGCUUGUAGAGAAAUGGUGGGACAUUUAUAACGACGAGUCACUUGACUACAAGAACUUUAAUGUCCAUUGCGGACAAAAAGAAGAUGUCCACAAGAAACAGCAAACACUUCCACAGUUCUUUACAGAAUUAUCUGAAACUGAUGUGCUUCAAUGCGCCAAAGCUCCAUCCGCGGCUUAGACAACUUUGUAAAGGCGGAGCUAGGUUCUUGGUCAACAUCUGUUUGCUAGUAGUUUGUGAAACUGAUGAUGUUUAAUUAGGAAUUUACUAUAUGAAAUUGUGUUUUACUUUUUUUUUUACUGAAUUUAGAGGAGUUUUUAAUUCCCAGACCCUCUUUGUACCUUAUAUGUUUGCUAAGGACUUUUCUUCCUAAAAUACAAUAAUAGUAUAGUU